CGCGAAAGACAUAAAAUACUUGUGGUUUAAUUAAAGACCAAGAUGUCUUGAAAUCGAAUAUAGGUAAAAGAUUCGAGAUGGACAAUCGACACACACUUAAGUGUUGCUUGGCUCUAUCUACUAUCUCUCAUCGUCAUGAACUUUAACCUAAGUCGGAUAUUUAUCAUUCAUAUUUAAAAAUCCUGUCAAUGUGAUGUGAUGAUUUCGGUAGAUAUUCCUCGACUUGGAUAUUUGGUUUUUCAACUUGUGCGGUCAGUAUCAUUUUUAUGUUACAACUCGAAAUUCAUGGGGAUUGAAAUUAGAUAACAAAAGCUCUAUUUUCAUUGGAUGAUCUUUCGAACAAAUUUGGAUAUUUGGAAACUGACUGGAAAAAAAUGUGCGUAGGAAAAAUGAUUUACCGCUCGGCGGCUAUAGCGAAUUUCACCUCAGGAAAAUCCUGACCAGGGUCACAGCUGAAUUGACCACAGUUUUACUCUCACAUUGGUGGAAAUAAGAGUGUAAAUUAAUUUUGCCAUUUAAGUGGAAAGCUAUUAAAGGGAAAUUGGCAACUAGGUGGUAUCGGGACCCACGAAGAAUUUACGCUUAAAAUUGACUUUCUAACUUUUAAACGGCAAUAAAGUUCGUUUCCUAUAACACUAGGGGUGGGUAGAAAAAUUAGUGAGAGAAUUCGUAUUUUUACAUUAUCAGAGAGAGAAUCAAUUUUACCUUUUCAGCGGUGAUAAAAGAUUUAAGAGGCUAGAUUUAAUAGCAGCAAAACCACUAAUUUGUGAAAAGGACUAGCCGAAAGCACAUGUCAUCACUAUCGGACAGCUCUGGCCAGAUUUUCAGUGAAGGGUGACCGAAAGAGAUAUAAAAAUCAGUCAUAAUGUUUAAUGAAGACUACCCCAUCUGAUAAAUCUGACUUUCAUUGGUGACAUUACUGUCGAAUUAGUCACAUGGUUGACAAAGUCUUCCCCCGUUGUCUUGUUGCGAAGGUUUUGCUUCUCUGCCUUUUUAAUAUUGUAAUCAACUGAAUCUGAACGAAUCGCAAGGAUUGGUAGUCACUGUAACAUGAAUGAUAAAAUUAUCCUAAAAACUAUAUUUUAAAGCCUAAUUUGUGGAUAAUUUGAGUUUACCACAAAAAAGGCAUCCACGCGUGGAUGGAAUUCAUUGCAACAUUUCACUGGCUUUUCACUUUUUUACAGAGAGCUAUUUAAUUUUGCUCGAAGAAUCAGUUUGGUUGAUGAAGUGCAAAAAAACAAUUGACCUUUGACACCCGACCACGAUUUUUGUACAUUUCUGGGUAUUUAUUAGCAGCCAUUUCAUCGCUUGUGACCAUAUGAGAAGAUGAUGUCGCUUUCUGGUUCUUCAAACUUAUUGCUGGAUACAGGGGAGCUACGCCACGCCUGAUUUCAUUAAGAAAUCAAUAUAUCGCAACAAUCAAUUUAAGAUUUUAAAAAGUUGUUGCCUCUUCUGUGAUUUGUUUACAACACAUUGUGAAAGAAUUUUUAUGCGUCACUAGGUCGGAUAUUUGAACGUUGGAUUGGAUUGACUUUUGGCCAUUCUCGAGUUUUAGAAGCUUUGUUCUUGCAGAUAAUUUAUGUUGGAGUCUUGACCAUUCAAUUCGAUCCAUGGAAUGAGGUAACCACCUUGAUGUAUCAUUACCCCAGCACUCUGAUCGUAAACAAGAGCAUCUAAUACCCAUAAAACAAAAUUAAGCCACAAAAAACCUUGUAAUUUUUUUUCAAACUGCACAACCUGUUGCAUCAGGAAAUGAAGAUAUACGCGUGAGUUUACUUCGGGAAAACCAUGAAUCCGGGCUAAUUCCAAAAACAAAAGGAAGAACUAAAAAGAAUGGUACAACACCUUCAAGGAACGACGAAAGACAAAAGUAUUAUUUUAAUGCCAAGACCACGUGACUAGGAUGCGGACUCUGAAUAGUUUAUUGAUCAUGUUAAUUUUGCUUAUAUGGUACGGAGAGGGAAAGAAAACAAAGUUAAAAGGAAUCCGAUGGUGGACACUUGCUAACAUUGGAAAGCCAUCAAACGACCUCAGAUCUAACACACAGCUAUAUAACAGUCCAAGCCUUUUACCGUUAACUAAAAAACAAAGAAAACUGGUGACAAAGCACCCGGGAACUAUAUCAGCUCUACAGAAUGGAGCCAGAAUGGCCAUCGAUGAAUGCAAGUUUCAGUUUCGAAACAGGCGAUGGAAUUGUCCAACGCAGGAUGUAGGAAAUGGAGGGCCAAUAUUUGGCAAAAUUUUAGAUAAAGGCAAUCGUGAAACAGCGUUUAUAUAUGCCAUCACCAGUGCUGCAGUCACCCAUUCUGUGGCUCGCGCAUGUGCAGAAGGAAGCAUAUAUUCGUGUUCAUGUGACUAUAACCUGAAGCAGCCAAGUGGAAAAGACUGGGAGUGGGGUGGAUGUAGUGACAAUGCUAAAUUUGGUCAUAAGUUUUCUCGGAAGUUUGUGGACGUUUUAGAAAAAGGCAGAGACUUUCGAUACAUGAUGAAUUUACACAACAACGAAGCUGGAAGAGUGCACGUGUCGAAAGAAAUGAAGAAAGGGUGCAAGUGCCACGGGAUGUCUGGCAGUUGUGCCAUCAAGACCUGCUGGAUGCGGCUCCCGUCCUUUAGAGACGUGGGGGACAGGCUCAAGGACAGAUUCGACGGGGCCUCGCAGGUCAUUUCAGGAAAUGAAGGAAGUCGCAUUUUAGGGAAUAGGCCCAAUACAGGGAGAAAAAAGAAAAGAUACAAAUCUUUCCAAUUUGCUCCAGUUAAUCCCAACCACAAGAAACCCGGGCGGCGUGAUCUUGUUUAUUUCGACUCGUCUCCUUCGUACUGUGAAAAAGACACAUCCAUAGAUUUUCCGGGUACGUAUGGCCGGGAGUGUAACGCGACAUCUAUCGGGAUCGACGGCUGUGACCUGUUGUGUUGCGGUAGGGGAUACGUGUCCAAAUCCUACAUGGUGCGCGAGCGCUGUAGCUGCAUAUUUCGCUGGUGUUGUGACGUCAAGUGUGAAGUUUGUACUCGGACAAAAGUACUCCACACGUGUAAAUAGAUUGGCGCCAAGUAAUCCGGGUUCUGUAUUGAGCAGAGAUUAGUGCUGAAUUCGAAUGGACCCGCAAAUUUGUCACUUGAAACAGUGAUAAAAAUAGCACGUGUGCUUCUUUUGAUAUGUGUAUAUAGAUGCAAAAACAUCUUUUUUACCGUACUUUUGUAAAGUAACUUUUCUUGAUGUUAUUUCACUAUUUAUGACGUCAUUAAAUGACCAUAAUUAUACUAGGUGCUAUUUCCAUGUUAAAUAUUUUUACCCCUACGACAAGUUCGUGCUUUUAUGGUUUUGAAAAAGCACAAAAUCAUAUACAACUUAAAUGUUUCAAUAUGAUGUUGAACCAUUUGAUAAUUGUGUCCAUUAUUGAACAUGUACAUGUAAAGACCAAACAUUUAAUAUGUAUGGUUUGCAGGUAUCAGAUUCAUACUUUUAAUUUUGCUUCCAUAAUUAUAAUAUUGCCAGUAUUUAUUGUGCUAUUUGAAUAUUUAUUCUGCAUUUUACACUUAUAUGUCUAUCAGUUUUGGAACGUAAUAAUUAAAAAAAGGCUUUUUUGUG